CUACAAUGUUAUUGCCAACAAUAUUUUUGUUUACCUAUUUUAUAUCAUUUUGUCAUUCAUCAACUGUAGAGGAUUGUAACCGAUUAUACUCAUUUAAGGGAAAAUACAAUCCUAAAGACUGCGAAAAGUGUCUUAUAGACGCCGUACCUUGUAAAAAUUCUCUAGUAUAUUCACAAACAUGUACUGAUAAUCCAAAAGAAUUUAAAAGCAUAGCAAAUUGUGAAGGAGUAUAUUCUGAAUGUUCUACUGCCGAAGAAAAUAGUUGUAAAUCAAAACUGUGUGAUUGUUUAAAAGCAAUGAUUGACUGUCUGGUUCAAUGUGUACCGAAGAAUACUUCAGUAACAAAUAAAAAAGCUCGCUCACUUGGAGUUAUUGCUGAUUUUAGUAAACUUAUUGAAGAAAAUUUUGGUGAUAAGAUUACUGAAUUGAAAAAAGAAGAUUAG